AUGAAAUUGAGCACUGUCGCCCUCUCUCUAUGUGCCACUGGCGUUGCCGCCACUCCGCACAAGUCCGCCCAGGCGCAUGAGCCCAGCACCGAGGACUUCUUCUCCUCUCUGUGGUGGAAGGGCGUGGCCUCACUGGAAUCAUUCCCGGGCGCCGUAAACGCAGUGGCCCAAGACAUUCAGCACACCACGGUGGAUGCCACUGCUAAUGCUGCACAGCAUAUCCGCCACCAGGCGCUCCAAGCGCUCAAGAGCCUCGACCGUCCCAAGCACGGAAAGGGCCCCAAACUCACCAUCUACCAGACCCUGCAGGAGCUGGAGGGUGCUAGCAAGUUUGCCAAACUCUUGGACGACUUUCCCAAGCUCGUCGACACGUUGAACAGCACCGACAGCGAGCACACGCUUUUCGUGCCGCUCAACGGAGCCUUUGAUAAAAUUCCCGACAGGUUCAAGGACCCCAGCAAGGAAGUGCUUGACAAGUUUCUACACUACCACAUCGUCUCUGGUACCAAAAAGGCCGUGGACGUCGUGACCAGCUACACUCUGGAAAGUGAGGCUCGGGAGCGUGGCCUGGGUGGCGAUCAUCAGCGAAUUCGAGUCGGCGCUAGCCUGGCGGGAGUCACGCUGAAUGGCUACUCCAAGAUCAAGGCUGUAGACAUUAAAACUACCAAUGGUGUGAUUCAUGCCAUCAGCGACGUGCUCGCGCUGCCACCACCAGUUGGGCCAAUCCUCACCUUCUUCCCAGCCUACUUUUCGACGCUGCUUCUGGCGUACGAAAAGACCGACUUUAUCAAAUUCAUCCACAGUCAGCAUAUUCAAGGCAGCACCUUUUUUGCACCCAGCAACGAGGCGUUUAAGCGUCUGGGUGCCAAAGCCAACGCGUUUCUCUUCAACACGAAAAAGGGCGCCAAGUACCUGGAUGCGAUUCUAAAGUACACCAUUGCUCCCAAUGCGACAGUGUAUAGCGACGCAUUCUACGAUAAGAGAACGGGCUCGGGCUCGAGCAAGGCGGCACACCAAGAUCACUACAGCUUGGAAACAUUCCUGCCUGGUGCGUCAAUUGGUAUCGACAUUGCCACUGUUUUCGGGUUCCGUGUCAUCAACAUCAACGGCUUCACGGGCGUCAGGUUCCACGACGCGAUUGGCAGCAAUGGCGUUCUCCACGUGGUGGACAAGAUCAUCUUCCCGCCACACAAUGGAAAGCACGCCGAGACGUCGGAUAUUAGCGUCGAUGAGCUGAAGGAGACGCUCGCUUCGUAUGUGACCGAAGAGUCGGAAGAGGCUGAUUGGGAAGAGCUAUAG